AUGUCAGACUCAAAUUUGCGAUUCUCGGAAUCAGAGAUAGAGGCCAUCUCGCCAGACCGCAAAUAUCAGACUGUUCAGCUUCCUGACGGUGGUUAUUUCGGGAUGUUGCACGCCUACCAUGAGCUACACUGCCUGAAACACUUGCGCAAGUACCUUUACGCGGAACACUACUUCCCAGAUGAGCUAUCAGCAAAGCAGAUCGAAGACAGGAGGCUUCACCUUGAGCACUGCGUUGACACUUUGCGCCAGGGCGUAAUGUGUCGCGCAGAUGUGCAACCAAGGACCAUGCGCUGGCUCGACACGGAACCUAUCCCAGGAGCAAACGUCACUAGCCCUCAUAAUUGCAACAGUUGGGAAGCACUUGAUGACUGGGCUAGUCAGAGAAGCAUCGAUCGCAUUUUUGAGCCUGGGUACCUGAAGCACCCUACCUUUGGUGAUGUUUACUCUUCAGAGGGAACGGAAGCGCUCACUUCGAUCGGACUGGCGUUUGAGACUGAACAACAAUCAUGA